AUGGAUAAAUCCUGUGAUUUCAGGACCAAGUCAUUAUACUGGUAUUCUACCAUCACCGGAGGCUUAGAUCCUCCAACUCACCCUUCCUUUGAUGAAACUAUCGUUGACAGAUACUCUGCUAUUUCAGCAUUGUUAUUCAAUCGCCUUCUCUCCUUCGAUUCAAUAGUUUCUCCUUACAUUAUCCUAAAUAAUGAACAAACUUUCAAAAAUAAUCCCUACGGGAACCUGAUUCUCCCUAAAGUUCCAAAUUUAGUCCAUUUUGUAAACUCGAAAAGACUCGCAUUCAACAAAAUAGGCAUAGAAUCGAUAGUCCAUGAUACCAAGGUCAUUGGAGACUUUAUAAACCAACUGGAGGAUACAAUGAAAACCGGUAAGGAGCCAGGAAACAAAGGUCCAAUUCGACAACACCGUGAAGGUAUUAUUAGCUGUUUGAGGUACAUUUUUCAAAUAGUAAGGGAUAACGUACAGAACUACGAAAGACUUAAACUCAAGUAUGACUCAACAAUUGAUAACUAUAUGAAGGUGAUGAGCGAAAACUUGACUGGGAUCAGCAGCCUAGAUGACAACAGUUCCGUCGAUUCGAUCCCUAACUCCUAUUUGCAGCACUUUGUACCAUCGCAAAAGGCUGAUUUAUCGCAUAUUUUAUACGUAGACCCUGAGGAUGAUAAAACCAAACCCUCCCCGAAUAAUGACCAACCACCCAUGGAUUACGAUGUGAACAUAGUUGGCAUAACUCGCUCACUUGGGGAAAAUUUGGGCUCACUCAGGUACGAGAAGGGGUCUUACAAUAUCGCAACUAGUUUUUUUGACCAGACUGAGAUGAAUGACGAGCAGAUUUCAGGCACUCUAAUGAUGCAGUACGCUAAAACCGUAAGCAACAUCAAGGACCAACUGAAGGCGACUGAGCUGAGCACAAUCACCAACGUUCAGCAGCGACUUUCUGAAAUCUCUUCAAUGUUUGAGAAGUUCACUGGGACUAUGGUUGGCCAGAUGGGUCUCUUUGAGAACAUUAACGCCAACGUCAUGGAAUCGAUAACAAAUAUAGAGAAAACCCACGAGACUCUAAAAAAGACUAGCAAAGAACGGUUACCUUAUCAUCAUUUAAUUCUUUGUUAUGUUCUUGUUGGACUUUCAAUUUUCCUUCUCUUUGUGGAUUACUUAAAGAGUGGCAGUGGAUCCUAUUUGUUUUAA